AUGAAUAAUGAACGCAGAAACACAGUGUACAAGGGAAGAGGGUUCAUCCUAAAGAAAGCCAACAAAGAAUAUUUAGAAAGUAGCAACAGAAAGAAGACAAAGAAUACCCUCAAUGAUAGGAGAAGAAAUAUUUUUAAUAAAUACAACCCAGUAGUAUUACCCCUAUUAGGAAAUUACAAAAGUAGGCAGAGUGAGCAAUCCGGGAAGAACAACAUCAACCUAUUGAACGAGAGCGAAAUAAAUAGCUUCUUGCUUAGGAACAAAGCUUUUCGCCUGACAUGGUCAUGCAUUAUUGAUAAAAUACAAAAAGAAAUAGAUAUUCAGAUCUCGAAAAAUUUGAGUAAUGUAUUUGAGGAAAUAUAUUCCUACUCAGUUUCGAACCAUGAGUAUCUGCCGCUCAUUUUGAUGACGGCGGGGACGAAUGUAGCUGACCAUGAGAUAAUCAUCGAUGCGCUUUCUUACGAGUUGAAGAAAUGGAAUUACAACAAGGGGGGUAGACGGGAGGGAGGAGGAGGAAUUCACAGAGGAACAACCCUUAACGGGGAAAGCGUCCAUACCUCUGUCGGGGCUACUUCUAACACUCCAGCCGUUCCCCACACUGGGUUGAACAUUUUGAAGUCUCUCAGAAAGGUAGAUGAAGCAUGGGGCGAAUCGGACAUGAGUAGCGGAGGGGCAACAACACCCCCCCCGGAGGAGGAGCAGAGACAGCGGCAGGAUGAGCGGCAAGAGGAGAGCGUAGAAGGACAAAGUAGAGAAAAGAAAAGACGUCUAAAUGGAACCUUUAACGAGGUGACUAUGAGCCAAUUCGAAUCGCCUGAUGAGAACGAUGUGUACCUUUGCUCCCUCAAUUCAAGCACAUCAAAUAAUGUGAAUGCAGCUGUCUACAAUAUAUACGGUCAGCUGUACAGGGAGUAUAAGACGAGGGCUUUUUUGGCGAAGUACAAAAGGAAGAGAGGUGUGAAUGGAGACAGGGAUGAUUACCUUGGUGAAGUUCGAGUGAGUCCAAGAAGGAUGGGUAGUAACGAUUCGGAGGUUAGUCCUGCAAAAGGAAAGAGGAGGGAUAUUUCAUCCUGUCCAUUUAUACCCAAUGGAGGAGAGGGGCACUCGAAUUAUUACAAAGUGAGUAAAAAUAUGGUGAGCAUAGACAAGCUGAUCGAUCUGUAUAGGCAGAUGAGUGAAAUGGAUAAAAAAAAGGAAGGAGGGAAAAACGAGGGGAAGAAUAUUGCUCAGUCGACGAUGGACAUUUCAGAUCUAUACAAAGAAAUGGGGGAGGAAAAUGAGGAUUUUUUUCAAACGCAUGCAGACAUUGAAUUAUAUAGUAAACAAAAUGAUUACUUCGAAGAUGGGAGGAAAAAAGUUAGAGUCAUCAUUCUCAUACACGACUGCGAAUAUUUCAAUAUAAAUGUACUCAAUGGAAUUUUAAAUGUUUUAAUAAAUUUACGGACAGAGAACAAAUUGUGCCUUAGUGUUAUUCUGGGUGUGUCGACUCCCUCCUUCUUCUUCAGCCGAAUAACAACUCCAAACACACAGAGUAAGCUGCGUAUUAAGACAAUUGACAUUUUAAAUAAUAAGGUAAUUUGCGAGAGGGUGUGUGAUGAUCUGCUGUUUGGAGACACCUUGCCAUUUAUAAUAAACUUUCGAACAAUGCAUGCGAUAAAGAUUUUGCUACACAAGAACAAUCAGUCGAUUAGCCACUUGGUUCAUAUUCUAUACGUGCUGACGAAGGAGUUUUAUGAUAAUAAUUUGUUUUCCUUUUUGUCCCUCCCCAUUGAGUACUACUUGGGGGGUGGUUUCGGCAGUGACUUCUUCCAGAGCAACCUCGGUGGAGGCGAACCCGCCACGGAGUACUCCCCGUACACCUUCGUUCGAUCCAAUCAAAAGUCCUUCAGCGAUUACUCCAAAUUUGACAUGAGGGCAUUGCACAGGAAGAUAAUCUGCCUCUGCUACUCGGCCAACAUAUACUAUGCCCACUUGUCCUUCCUGAAGCGAAAGUACUCUUCCAUCCUGGUGCAAAAUUAUUUCACACUGCAUGGGAAGGACUCGAUAGUACACACUCCGGACAAUUCCGACAUGGACGUGGAUGGCUUCACGCUCAAGAGGAGGGCCAAACGGGGCAGCGUUGCUCGCGCUAAUCAGGCUAAUAAGCAGCCUAAUAAUGAGCCUAAUAAUGAAAAUGAUAAGAGGAAGAGGAACAGUGUAACGGUUAAAGUCUCCUCCGUGGAAGGAAAAGAGGAGGAGGAGGACCCCUCCAGCGCUCAUCAAGAUGCAGGCGAAAAUAAAACCAAGUGGGAGAAUGACAACACUUUGGAGGAAUCAAAAUUUGCCUCAGCGGAAGGGAACGAUUCUAGUGCUCCCGCGAUGGAGAAAAGGAAAAAAAAAGUCCUGGACAGAAGCUUACUCGCAUGGCAAUUUAAAGCGAAUACAAUAAAUUGGUGGUUUGAUCACCCCUUCAAGGAUUUAGUCUACUCAUACCAAAAUGAAAAAUUAAAAAGUAGUAUAAAGACAGAAAUAGAUGCACUGCUGGACAGUACAGAAGAGAAGAAUAUGAAAAAUCUUCACGACGUGGACAGUGUGCAGGAGAUUAACAAAUACCUCUGUGACAUGGCCUUACCUAGGGCUAUCCUUCAGCUCAUAGAAAGGAAAUACGCUUUUAACAUCGCAGUCAAUCUGAUCGACACCAUUAUUAAGUGUAAAACGGAAUACAGCAAUUCAAUAAAACGAGUAGAUUAUUUCAGGAGGCUUUUUCUCAACUUUGAACAGACAAAAUGGAAAGAUAAUAGGAGCAUCCUGUACAUAGAAGAAAUAUAUAAGGUAGUGGAGAGUGAUGUAAAGAAAUGUAUAACUUUUUUAAUCGAUAUUGUGACUCCAUACUGUUUUAAGAACCAAGAAGUGCUACUACACAUUCUCAAGGAGUUUAAGAAUUACUACACGAGGGUAUAUGCUCUUGUGUAUAACUUGGAGGAUUAUUUAUUUUUGCUGAAGGAGAAAGAGAAAGAAAAGGAGAAGGAUCUCUUUACCAAUGAUGAUUUCGCCAAGUGUUCCUCGAGCAAGUACUCCUUUUCCUUUUCUGUGUACUACUCCUUAUUAUUUAAGCUGGACGAUUUGAUUGAAAUGAUACGAACCCUCUUAAAUCAACAGCGCGUUAACAGUGAAGGAGGUAGCACUACUACUUGUGGGGGUGAUGUUGAUGGGGAACAGUACUCCCCCCCCUUGAUGGGGCACCGGCAAAAGGUUUUGCCUGAGAAGGAGAAAGAAAAAAAAAAAGCCUACAAGAGAUAUCUGACCAUCCAAAACAGCAGCCUAAGGAGAAGAUUGAAAGAUCAAACAGAGAGGAGAGUAAAUGUAGAAGACAUCUCAAAUUCGAUUAACCUAUUUUUACAUGAAUACCUUAAUAUGCUUCUCCUACCUCCAAUGUAUUGUCACCCUUUGGCAUACGAAAUGGUAAUGCACAAGCCGGAUAAAGAGUUUGCAUGUCUCAUCACUAGGGACAUAAAGACAGAAGUUCUUCAAACCCUAUGCUACACGAAUCCAUACAAGACGGGGAGCCUCAUCUGCUCUUGCUGUUCCUUCCCGGAGAAUACUACCAACUCUGAUAUGAACACUAACAUAGUGGGUGACGGCAAGGUGUACCUGAACCCCUACUACGACAAUGUGGCCACGCUGGAGGACUUGAUUAACGUGUACAGGAUUUACGAGCGUUGCAACAAGACGGUUGACCUGUACACCUUAUUCAUUCUCUUCGUGAAUGUCAAGGUAGACGGCAUCGCGGAAGGUACACCACUGUCAUCUGGCCCCCCUCUCUGCACGCAGAUUUUGCAGGAGUAUUAUCUCAAGUUCAUCAUCGCCGUGAACACCUUCUGCUCGUUUCUUAAAAUUCUGAAACCCCCCAAUGUGUCUGCCCUGCUGAACUACACAGAAAUGUGCGACAACGUCUCGGAUGAUGAGGUAGACGAGGCGGGAGAGACGAGCGAACAUGGGGGAGGUGAGUCGAUCGGCAAGUAUAUCUCCGAUAUUAGGAAGUCCCUACAGGGGUGCACGAGCAAGAAGCUGCUAUUCGGGAAGCUCUACUACAACCAGACCAUCGUGUCGCGCGAGAUGCACUUGCAGAGGAUGCUGAUGCAGUACAAUGCGGACUUCCGCAACGAGGUGCAGUGCGGGAACGAGCCCUCCGGAAAGCGCGCGAGGCUGCAACCCUGCAGCGGUGUUGCGCCGAAUUGA